AUGGCGCCAAGAAGAAGCACAAGAAUCGCUGCUGUAGGCUCAGCAGUUGCGUCAACCCACCACCACAAUCUUAGGAAGCGAAAGGCCCAAGUCUCCAAUGAGGCAGAUCAACCCAAACGAAAGAAGAAAGCACUGAUUAGAAAUACCAAUGACCAUACAAAGAACCGUGCUCUCGCGAAUGAUGGACGAGUUCCUGGGCAAUCAGCUCCAGAGGAUGCCUUAUCGAUUCUUCCGGCAGAGAUUCAGCAAAACAUUCUGGCCUAUGUAAACGAUACAAAAAGUAUGAUCAACCUGGCCAGAACGUCGAGACGCUACUACGCUAUCGCCAUGGCUAUUACCCACAAUCACAUUGCUGUCAAAGUAUACUACUAUGCCCACAUUUCCAAAGUCUUCAGGCUCCUUGAACCUCAUUUGAGUAUCACUCAGAAAAAGGAGCUGAAGAAACUGGGGAAAUAUAAAGGUCGCCAAGAGAGAUUCUCCAGUCGCCUAGAUCAAGACGCUGUUCCAGGCUGCGCGCAACAGGUCCGACAGAUGACUAUCGGCAGUAUCAAUCCGGGGACGAAGCAUAAGAAGGUUGUACUAAGAACGUUGGAGGAAGUAUUGAAGAAUCUGACCAACCUUGAGGUGUUGGAUACGACAGAGUUGACGACAUCGAUGGCAUCCAGCAUUGUUGGAAUGAAAAAUCUCAAAGCGUUGCGCAUCCAGGGCUUCUCAACCAGCAUUAAAUCUCUAUCGCAGCUGCGGGGCCUCAAACAUCUGUCCAUCAGAAGCAUGUCUUCUUGUUUCGGGGGGAUGACCAGGGAGAAAACUCUCAAAUCCAUCAUAUUGAAUUUGUCUCCGACCUUGGAAAGCUUGGAAAUUUACCGAACGCGGUGGCCGUUAAACUUCAAUAACGUCGGAGAGCAUGGUGUUUUGGCGGUCGACGCAGAAUCCUUGAACGAGUCACUCACCUUUCCCGUACUCAAAUCGCUCAGACUAAACUGCCCCUCGCCGAAAGGUGAUAGCAAAAUCUGCCUCUCCAACAUCCUCCGUUCCGUGAAUUUUUUCCAGCUGCAGAAGCUGGAGUUGACGCAAUUGGAAGAAGGAAAAUCGACCUUCUUCAGGUCUCUUCAGAAUUUGUUCAACACGGCUGAAAAGGGCACUGUUCAGCUUCGACACCUCGUGUUGGAUAUGGACGUCGAACAACCGGACUUCAUGGCCUCUGAAAUACAUCUGGAGGAUAUAUACAGAUUCAUCGCAUCGUUCGAGACCCUGACCUCCCUCGACAUUUACAACCAUAACAUAUUCAAGAACAACCUCUUCAAUAAUCCUGGAAUAUCGCGCCGAUUGCGGCGGGUAAUAACCAUGCACAAGGGCCUUCAGUCAUUGCGCUUUCGAUAUACCAGGAACGUUCCACCGUAUGCAUCAGUCAAUACCCUCAGAGCCUUGACAGAAAACUUACCUCAGCUACGAGUACUUGAAAUUCCGUUAGAAGACAAAGACUUUGAUGGAAUAGCAAGAUCGAUCUUGUCUGCUAAAAAGCUAGAAACCCUGAUCUGCUCUUUGUUUAGCAGUUGGAACCAGAGUUCCAAACACGCGACUAUCAUGCUUCUUGGAAAGAUUAUAGGGAGCCUCUUACAUAUUGCUGAGGACAGUGCGGAAUUCGCCUGGGAGGGGGUCUAUUGUCUGAAACAGAUUAAUAUCGGCUUCCGCGAAUUCGCCAUUGGCUCCGAUUUACAACCGACAGAGGACAUGGCAUGUCCCGAGCGCAUCAGCAAAGACGACAAAUCGGUCUGGGUUCAAGAUAAGCGUGUCAUUGCAAGAUCAAGGCAAUUUUAUUACACACCGUUCACAGAAUGGGCGAGUCAAAUUAUGACAUCGGUCUAA